AUGACUUCUUCGUCAUCAAAUUACAAUGACAAAGAGACCAAGGCAGAAAGUGGCAGCUAUUGCGACAGCCCCGGUCGGGAUUCGGGGUUAUGUUCUGCUGCAAUGGUGAAUGACGCACAAAAAUUGAUUGCGGAGGCCAUUGGAAUGUUCUUCGUUGUGUUUGUCGGGUGUGAAUCGGUGACUGUGAACAAGAUGUAUGGCUAGGUGACGUUUCUAGGGAUUUGCAUUACAUGGGGUUUAAUUGUUAUGGUGAUGAUCUACUCGGUUGGGCACAUUUCUGGUGCUCAUUUUAAUCCUGCUGUCAUCGUUACCUUCGCUCUUUUCAAGCAGUUUCUUUUGAAACAGGUGCCAUUGUAUAUCAUAGCACAAUUACUGGGAUCCGUUCUUGCAAGUGGUGCAUUGUAUUUGCUAUUGAAUCCAACAGCUGAACACUUUUAUGGAACUACUCCAGUUGGAUCAGCGAUUCAGUCUUUUGUCUUUGAAAUUAUUAUAUCUUUUAGCUUGAUGUUUGUCAUUUCGGGCGUCGCAACAGACACUAGAGCAAUAGGGGAGUUAGCAGGAACUGCUGCUGGAGCCACUAUACUUUUAAUUGUCUUCAUUGCAGGGCCAAUAUCAGGAGCAUCGAUGAAUCCUGCAAGGAGCAUAGGACCAGCAAUAAUCAUGAAUAACUAUAAGGCAAUUUGGGUCUAUAUUCUGGGACCUAUAAUAGGGACUUUAGCUGGAGGUUUUACUUAUAGUCUUAUUAGAUUCACAGAUAAACCAUUGCGGGAGAUAGCAAAGAGCUCUUCAUUUCUCAGGAGCAUGUCUAGGAGUAAAUAG